AUGGCGACCAACAACGACCACGUCCUGACCUUCACGUGCCCGGACAAGCCGGGCAUCGUGCACGCGGUGACGGGCCUGCUGGCGGCCAACAACCUCAACAUCCUGGACCUGCAGCAGUUCAGCGACCCGACCUCGCAGAGAUUUUUCAUGCGGGUCCAUUUCGGCCCCACCGAGAGCACCGAGCACCUGCGGGCCGCCCUCGACGCCCUCGAGCUGGCCAUGGACUACGAGCUCCGGCCCGUCGCCCGCAAGACCCGCGUGCUCAUCAUGGUCUCCAAGAUCGGCCACUGCCUCAACGACCUGCUCUUCCGCGCCCAGUCCGGCCAGCUGCCCAUCGACAUCCCCCUCGUCGUCUCCAACCACCCGGACUUCCGGCCCAUGGUCGAGGGCCACGGCAUCCAGUUCCGCCACCUGCCCGUCACCAAGGACACCAAGGCCGACCAGGAGCGCCAGGUGCUCGACCUCGUCCGCGAGCACGACGUCGAGCUCAUCGUGCUGGCCCGCUACAUGCAGGUCCUGUCGCCGACCCUGUGCGAGGCCAUGUCCGGCCGCAUCAUCAACAUCCACCACAGCUUCCUGCCCUCCUUCAAGGGCGCCAAGCCCUACCACCAGGCCUACGACCGCGGCGUCAAGAUCAUCGGCGCCACCGCCCACUUUGUCACGGCCGACCUCGACGAGGGCCCCAUCAUCGAGCAGCGCAUCGCCCGCGUCGACCACAGGUCCAGCCCCAAGCAGCUCACCGAGGAGGGCUCCAACGUCGAGAGCCAGGUCCUGGCCGCCGCCGUCAAGUGGUACGCCGAGAGGCGGCUGUUCAUCAACAAUGCCAAGACUGUCGUCUUUAGCUGA